CCCCGAAAGUUUUCAUGCUCUUGGCUAUUUUCUCCUCGUCUUCCUCGCCCCCGGCCGCCAGGCGACUCCGUCAUCUGAAGGCUAUUUUAUCCUCAUCUGCGUUCACUAUCGCUUCCAACCUUCACAAUUGAGAGAGAAACUUGAAGCAGCAGUAGAAAAAGAUGGGAGAAAGAAAAGUCUUGAAUAAGUAUUACCCUCCAGAUUUUGACCCCUCAAAGCUUCCUAGGGUUCGAAGACCCAAAAAUCAACAGAUCAAGGUUCGCAUGAUGCUUCCUAUGAGCAUCAGAUGCAAUACUUGUGGGAAUUAUAUCUAUAAGGGCACCAAGUUCAACUCACGAAAGGAGGAUGUUAUCGGCGAGGUUUCAUUUUCUACUUCUUUGCAGACGUAUCUGGGAAUUCAAAUAUUCAGGUUUUACUUUAAAUGCACAAAGUGCUCAGCUGAGCUGACGAUUAAGACCGAUCCACAAAAUUCUGAUUAUGUUGUGGAAUCCGGGGCAACGAGGAAUUUUGAACCCUGGCGUGCAGAGGAUGAGGAUGAAGAAAAAUUGAAACAGAAGAGGGAAGCUGAAGAGAUGGGAGAUGCUAUGAAAUCCCUAGAAAACAGAACUUUGGACUCCAAGAGGGAUGACAUUCUAGCAGCUCUUGAUGAGAUGAAGUCUAUGAAGGUACUUCAUGCUACUGUCUCUGUUGACUCAAUGCUGGAGGCCUUGCAACGCACAGCUGCUGACAAGCUGCAGAGACUUUUUGAAGAGGAAGAGGUUUUGAAGUGCUAG